AUAUAUUCACGUGACAUUUUCCGUCCUAUGAUUGCCAAAAUGGCGGAAAGUAAAUUAUCUUCAGAAACCUACUCGCGACUGUCAAAGUCGAUGCAGGAAUCCUAUGCCAAGAACCUAGUAGAUCGAAUUAAGUUUUCUGAUGAUAGCAGUAGUGUGUUAGAAAUUGGAUGUGGAACUGGGGCAACUGCAGCAUAUCUGGCCCGAGAUAUGGUCAGGAAUGGAACUGUAACUGCCUGCGAUCCUCAAGAGAACAGAAUCCGCGUAGCCGCUGAGAAGUAUUCUGGCAUAGAAGGACUGGAGUUUAUAAAAAGCACUGGAGUUGAAGCUUUAAAGGGUAAAGAACAGGCCUACGAUAUUAUAUACAGCAAUUCUGUACUACACUGGAUGUCUGAUGAGGAAUUUGAGGAGACAAUGAGAUUAAGCUUUGUUGCAAUGAAAUCUGGGGGAUUUGCAGCCCAUAAUGUCGUUGAAGCGAUCCCAGAAAAUAUUGUUAAGUUGGUCAAGCAUGCAAAUGACGAAAAUUUAAAGAGGCUUUAUGAAAUUAUAAAGCCAAUCAGCCUUGAAAGGCUUAUUGAUGUAUCAGCAAAAGUGGGCUUCAAGAUUGUCGACUCAGGCCGGAUACCAACAGUGACAAAAUUUGAUGACUUGAAGGAGUAUCUACAUUUAAUGGAUGCAUCGCUCUAUUGCCAAUUUGGUAUCGAAGAAGGGUGCAUGAAAAACAGUCACCAGAUUGAUUUGCCAAAGGAUGAGGAUGGCAAAAUAAUUCAUGUUUCUCCGUUAGUGUUUGUUAUUUUAGAAAAAGUAUGAUAAGGAAACCUUAGGUAUAAGCAAUGCAAUUGAAGCUGACUCCCAUGGAUUCCACAAUGUUGUUUAGUUGUUUGCUUUUAUUCAAUGAAUGUCCCAUGAUUACAUGUUGUUUAGUUUAAUCGCGAGGGGACAACUCUGCUUGAACAACGAAAUUAUUAAUUUGUCAGGUAUCCCCCGGUUUAUAUCAUAAGCCUUGCACCCCCACUGAGUGCACCUUUGUCCAACUACACAAAAUUUCUUCGUGAAAAAACUUCGGACAAGUAUUAUAACGAAAUUUUCUUCGACUUAAUUUUAAAAACGACGAAUAUUUGUCACGUCGUUAUUGCUCCAAGGAACUUAGGGAAUUUGUAUAUUUUACCUAUUAUAAAGGGUCAGAAAUAAAAUCUGUGUAUCCUUAAUCUAGUCGAUGUAUCUUUAUUUUAUCUAAUCACUGCAAAAUGACAUAACUGCCCUCAUUUUUAUCGUCAUCAUCAUCAUCAGUCUAUUUCAAGAAAAGAUUCUGCUUUUUCAAAACUGUACAACUUCUUCAAUUCAUUUGCAAAUUUUGGACCUCACUGCCUUUCCUUUUAGACCUACACUUUUUCAGAAAGAAAAUUGCAGAUUGCUCUAUAGUCUUGCAAAAACACUGAGUUCAAGCAUUCACUUACAAAAAACCCUCUAUAAAGGUAGAAUAAUAUUUUUAAAGAGCAUAAUACAAAGAAAAAUUGUAAAUAUUUCCUACAUUUAAAAAAGGAAGAAACCAUCGAAUUCUCAGUAACAAACCACCACCGCUCAAACGUCUCCGAAAAUGUAUGGGCACUUGACAAAGAACAAAGUAAUGUUCCACAGCGAUUCGCGCUUAAUUACAUUUGCUCUAGAUAUCUGGGCAUUUGGCACAGACAGAGCCAUUAUAUUUAUUAUUGCUCAUUAUAAACGAGGAAACAGUGCCACUCAGGGCCUUGCAGUGAAUGAAUUACAUUGGGUUCAGAUAUCUGGGCACUUGCCCCCCGCACA